AUGGCAACGCACAUUUCCCACUCUGCUGCUCAGGGAAGGGACCCCAGCAUCUUCCUCUCGCACUCUUCUAGGCUGCUAGGCAGAGCGGCCAGGACGGGCAAGACGGCCCCCUAGUCCCGCCCCUGGGAGGGGCGUGCAGAGACCAGGCCCCAAGUUUGCCUGUGCCCAGCAGUGUCCCCAGCACCCAGGCGAGGGGCGGGAGGACCCCCAGCUGGGGCAGAGGGAGCAGUGCGCGCGCGCACAGCACUGCCGACAGGAAGAAGGCGGGGCAAGGCCGUGGAGUUGCUGGAAAGUUUUGGCCUGAGGAGGUGGAGGGAGUGUCCUGUUCCCCCUCCUCUUGGGGCGGCACCGCCCGCCUGGCUGGCCCAACCCCUGCGUUUGUGCCAAGGAAUGUGCCGGGAGAGGCGGCCGGAGAGGCGGGUGGGGCAGCAGAGCCGCAACCACCGGAGGCAGCGCACAGGUGUUCUGGGAAGAUGGCAUCGUGUCUGGCUACCGCCGCCCCACCAGCUCGGCCUUGGACUGUGUCCUCAGCUCCUUCCAAAUGACCAACGAGACGGUCAACAUCUGGACCCACUUCCUGCCCACCUGGUACUUCCUGUGGCGCCUGCUGGCGCUGGCCGGCGGCCCGGGCUUCCGCGCGGAGCCGUACCACUGGCCGCUGCUCGUCUUCCUGCUGCCCGCCUGCCUCUACCCGUUCGCGUCGUGCUGCGCGCACACCUUCAGCUCCAUGUCCGCCCGCGCGCGGCACAUCUGCUACUUUCUGGACUACGGCGCGCUCAGCCUCUACAGCCUGGCCGCCUGCACCAGCUCUUUGUGCCCACCGCGGCGCUCAACUCCUUCCUGUGUACCGGCCUCUCCUGCUACUCCCGGUUCCCGGAGCUGGAAAGCCCUGGGCUCAGUAAGGUCCUCCGCACGGCCGCCUUCGCCUACCCCUUCCUGUUUGACAACCUCCCGCUCUUCUACCGGCUCGGGCUGUGCUGGGGCCGGGGACACAGCUGUGGGCAGGAGGCGCUGAGCCCCAGCCACGGCUAUCACCUCCUGUGCGCACUGCUCACUGGCUUUCUCUUCGCCUCCCACCUGCCGGAGAGGCUGGCGCCUGGACGCUUUGACUACAUCGGCCACAGCCACCAGCUGUUCCACAUCUGUGCGGUGCUGGGCACCCAUUUCCAGCUGGAGGCGGUGCUGGCUGAUAUGGGAUCGCGCCGAGCCUGGCUGGCCGUGCAGGAAGCACCCCUGGGCCUGGCCGGCACAGUGGCCACGCUGGGCGUGGCGGUGGCCGGGAACCUGCUCAUCAUCGGUGUCUUCACAGCCUCCCUGCUUCGGGCCCCUGCCUCCUGCCCCCUGCUGCAGGGGGGCCCGCCGGACGGGGGUACACAGGCCAAGCAACAGUGAGGCCUGAGGAGAAGGAGGCCGGGCCCCAGGAGUGGGGAGGAGCCCAGGUCUGAGCCUGCAGCCCAGAGCGGCCGAGGAGGAGAGGAGAGGGCAGAGGGGGAGAGUGGGAAUCUGAGGGCACCGGCAGGAGUGGAGGGGGCCCCCGGGGGGCUCUUGAUGGGAGCAGGGAAGUGCUGAGGGUCUGCGAGGGGAGAGGAGGGGGAUGAGCUGUCCAUACCCACAGCCUGUGGGAGGUAGGGAUGAGGGGUGGGGCCCUUGUUUCUGUCUCUCCUGGAAGACUCUGCUGAGCCCAGGGAAGAACUAACACGACUAACCCAGGCCCGCCCAUCGCUGGCUAACCCUCCCAGAGGCUGCCGCACACCUGCCCCAGCCCCCAGCAGCAGCUCCUCCAGAGAGAGAGAUGUGUUCAUCUGUCCUGUCACAGCUGUUGGGGUGCAUGGUGGCUGGCAGGAGGACCGAGGCAGGGGAGGGGUGUGCUAGACUCCAGGAAGCCCCCAGUCCGCUUUCUCGAACAAAGCAGGUGCAAAUAAAGUAAUAAGGGGGGGAGCGGGGUUCUGGGGCUGACAGGGCCCGCCCUUCCCACGCCGCCCUCCCCCGCCCACAGACUGGACAGACACGGGCCCAGUUCCUCUUCUGGAGUUUAUUGGGAGCAGCUGGAGAGCCGGGCCGGCCUGCGGGCAGACGCCCUAGACGGGCCCGUAGAAGCGCUGGUAGGCGUCCUGCAGGCCCACCUGGUCGGCCAGCUCGUCGCAGUCCGGGUUGAGCUCGCACACCUCCCUCUUGGGCUCCAGGGGAUCCGGGUAAGGAGCCGGAGCUCUGGGAAGCCCGACAGUGGCAUCAGCUCCCCCCACCGCAACGUGCCCAGCCCCCGUCCCCGAGUGUCCCACCCGAGCAGUGAGCCUGCCCCGCUCCCCGCGCCGCCUGCUCUCACCCCUGCCCGUCGAUCAGUUGGCGCCGGGCUCGCUUCACCACCUCGCUGCCCUCCCUCUUGGACACGAAGGCUGCAGGCAGAGGGGCAGGGGUCAGGUGGUUGUAGGCUUGGGAGGCCAGUGGUGGGGGGGGAGCGGGACUGAGGGGAGCAGGCUGCAAGGGGCGGGGCUGGGGGCCCCUAGCACCCCGGCCUCGUACCUGAGCCUCUGCCAGACUCUGCACCGCUGGGCUUUGCCUCUGCAAAGGAAAGGAGCUGGUCAGCCCUGCUCAGCCCUCGGGCCCCCUGCUAUUCCCUCCUCUCCCUCGGCGAGGUCGGACUGGGGACAGACUGAGCCCGCGGCAGGGUCUGCCAGCAGAAGGGGUGAGCAGAGGUGGCGCCGCGAGUCUCCCCCAGGCAGCCCCUCCUGGAGUGCCGCCUGGGUAGGGGUGGGGACGCUCACCUGCCUGGCCAGCGAGGCAGAGUGCGGCCAGGGCCAGCAGGGCGACAAGAGUGAGGGCCCUCAUGCUGUCGCUCUGUGCGUCCGUCCGUCCGUCCGUGGGUCGGCUGCUGCUCAGGACUUGGCUGGUCUGCCCUUCCAGCCUCCAGCACUCUUUAUAGCCCCUGGGCUGUGCCCCGUGGGCAGGAGGAGGGCAGGGGCUGGGGAGGGGGAUGGCAGGCCUGCCCGGGGUGUGGGCGGGUCAUGGAGGAGUCUGCCAGGGCUAUUUGGGGGGCAUCCGCCCUGGCUCUGCGGGCCAAACCCCAGAGGGUGUUGUGGUUGGGAGCUGCGCUGCCUGGGCAGGGCCCCAGGAGUGCUGCAGAGGGUGGGCCAGUGGGGACAGCCAGGCUCGCAACACUGCCUGAGCCCCUGCCCCAUGACCCUGGCCCAACCCGCUCAGCCUCAGAGACCCCCGGCCCGGCUGGGUUACAGGAAGAGCCUAGAGAGGAAGGGGGGCUGUGAGGUCUAAAAUAGCUUUGAGCAGAACUGGGAUCCAGCAAUCUUGUGGCCUGUGAUUUGCACUGUUGGCCCCCUGGGCAGGAGCCAACCCCCAGGGAGGAGCGCCUGCCAGUGCACUUGUCCCGCCAGCCAGUGAGACAGCCAGUGUGGCCUGGGCUGUGGAGGGGGUGGCAAGACAACGAGACGGGCCUGGUGUGAGACAAGGGCAGCCCCUCCGGGACAGAAGCAAGCGGUGGUCCACUUCUAGCAGGAGACACUAAGGGAGAAGGCACUGGCCGCGAGCCCGCCCACUGACAGCGGGACCGCAGAAGUUCCAGCACCAGGAAAACCCUGAAAACCGCCUCCGCAAAGGCGGCCCCGCCCGGCCCGGCCUGGCCCGGCCGCUCCAGCCCUGCGCUGCGGUCCUCGGGUGCUGCCCUCAGCGGGGAGACACAGGUCCAGUGGAGAAGGGGAGAGGAAGUAACCCGAGAGGGGAGGCGUGAGACCCGGGCGCCCGCGGUGCUCGGCCCGUGGGGAGGGGAAGGGCCUGUGUCAGGGAUAACACGCUGACCCGUGGGGCCAGCCAGCCGUGUCUGAUCCCGCAGGAUGGACAUUAAAGUCUCGCUUUUGCUGUA